GACUGGGGACGAAGUACGCAGGGCCAAGCGGCGCGGCGUUGCAACUUUUUUUAGUCUAAGUCGGCCGUCGGUUCGGAGUGGAUUAACUAGUGGGGAAAAUGCCGAGGUAUCCUGAAGCGUUUCUCCUUACCCUUCUCCUGGUCUGCUGCAGCAGCAGCGUUCAUAUAGGCAGUUCGCAAUGUGAAAAACUUCCCAGCAACACCGUACUGGAGGGCCUGAUAUCAUCCACUUUCCAGGGAGGGGAUGCCUCAAUAUCUCCGAAUAUAACUGUCCUUGAAGUGAAUUAUGUGUGCCUGGCGUCGGGCAACGUCAGGGGUUCUUUUAACGGAUUCUCGGCAGUGGUUCUUUACAGGUGUGUAGGGGAGCGGUGCCCGGCGUCGAGCGUGUCGCAGUUUGAGUUCUCCUGCGAUAGUACUGAACGCAAGUGGAUAAACUUUGUCGAUGGGAGCACAGAAAACCUGCGUACGGAUGUCGCCGAUGCUAAUCUAACAUCACCGAAUCGUACCGACUGCAGUAUAUGCUUCAGUCCCACUCAUAUUCUAGCAAACCAACUAACCCCUGAUAUGAUGUCCAAGUAUGACAACAUCAAUCACUGUCUUGCCUGUGAUGAAGCAUGCAAUGAAGGAGACAUGAAAUGCUAUGAUUUCGAUAGUGAUAGCUGCUGCAAUUUCUACAAUCUGAGUGGGGAUUGUGUGGCUGCGUGCAGUGCAGACAGCCAGCCAAAUGAGAACUUUGUGUGCACAGGUGGGGUGGUGAGUCUAUCUAUGUCCGAGUAUGUCUUUUCUGAAGAGAGUGGUAUUGGCAAUGUGUCCAUUGAAGGAUCUGCAGGAUUCAAUGUCAGAGUUGUUGCAGUUCCAACUUUUGACCUGGAAAGUGUUCAACCAUCAGAAGUUGUUAUCAAUACGACAGUCGUAACUCCUGCAAACUGUGUCCUUCAACAUCACGGACGAUGACGUGGCAUUUGAGGUUGAUGAGAUUUACACUGUCACUAUCAUUCCUGAAGAUGGCACCAUAACUGUUGGCACGGGGACAGCAACCAUCAUCAUCACAGACAAUAUCGACACUGUUCAGGUUGGGUUUGAGUCCAGUGAAUAUAUUCUUGAGGAGGGAAACAUGGCAGGGGUCAGAGUACAGGUCAAUGGAGAUAGCAUCAGAGAUUUCUCACUCUUCUUUAUCCAAGAGGGUGCGCCUCAGCAGAUGCUGACAGUCAUGGCUGGAGAGCAAGGCAUACUGUUUCCCAUGAUCAGUAAUCCUGACGAUGAGAUAGCUUUGCAAGACGACCGCACAUUCCGACUCGGUCUACUUCCUCUGGAAGAGUUUCAGGACAGAAUCAAUGUCGGUGGACAGAGCCAAACAGACCCGCAGACAUUUGCCGAAGCAAACGUGACAAUUGUUGAUAAUGAUGGUGUGACUGUGAGUUUCAGUCAGUCGGUAUACACCACUCAGGAAAAUAUGUCCCUGAUGAUCACCCUCUCCUUAGACCACGGAAUUGCCACUGAUUUCUACGUGGAUGUGACAGCAGAUUUGACUCCUGGAGCACCAUUGGCAUACCUGUCACUAUCCACUCCCGUGAAUGAUGUCUUUAAAGUCAAUUUCAUGGCCAGCAACAGUCCCGAAAGCAGAAGUUUCCUCCUCACUCCAGUAGACGACACUAAAUCAGAGGAACCAGAUGAAGUUGCAACACUGUCUCUGGCCGCUGUCUCUGAUGGGAGAGUGGCGUUUGGUAGUAAUGCUCAAUUGAUCAUUGAGGAUGAUGAAGGAUUCGGUAUAUACUUACUAACGCACCUUGCAUUAUGUAAAGAACAGGUUUUGAGUAAUAAAGUACGUAAUCCACCUUUUCUUUGUGGAGAUAUGAUUAUGGUCUGCAAUGCACUCUCUCUUUCUUGUAUACUGAUGUUGGCUACAACUACUGGAUCAAUUUUUCCUUGCGCAGGUGAUGUUGGGUUCAGAGUUGAAUCUUAUACAUUCAUGGAGGAUGACGGUGUAGGGAGAGUUGUGGUUGAUGGACCAAGCAACUUCCCAGGAGGCAUUUUCUCUGUUCAGAUCUCUGGAGGACCUGGAAGACAGCCAGGAGCAUCAGGAGAGAAUGUUGACAGGAACCUGACGUCAUUCCCUGCUGUGGUCACGUUUGACAUCACUAAUGAUGACUUUGCCCUGGAGCCUAUGGAGAGGUACACACUCCGUCUCACUGCCAGCGAUCCCAUCAUCCCCAUCUCCCGGGCUGAGACCGAGAUUCUCAUCGUUGAUGAUGACUGU